UCGCCGGAGGCCAGCAUGCGGUGGCUCCACGUCCACGGCGAGGGCCUGGAGGGCGCCCAGCGGGUGGCGCCCGCCGUGUGGCUGGGCGGCGACCCCGCGGAGAUCGCGGCGCGCGCCGGGGAGGACCUGUCCGGCGUGCGCUGCCUGCUGGGGUGCGCGUCUUGGGCCCCCGUGCAGCUGGCCGUCGAGCUGGAGCGCGGCGUGUGGGUUCGCGCGCGGUGGCUCGGCGGCGGCGCGGGCGACGCAGAGGGGGAACCGCGCAGCAUCUGCUUCGGCCCCGCGGCGCGCGACGCCGCGUGGAGGUCCGCGCUGCGGGCCGCUGGCGCCGAGGUGCUCGCAGCCUUCCCGAGCAGCCUGCCGGGCGUGAAGCGGCGGCUGCGGGGCUACCUGGAGGGCGCCCGGAGGCGCUCCGUGGCGGGGCCGGGCAGCUAUGCGGAGGCCGAGGACGAGCGCGCGCCCCCGGGGGCCCGCGCGGCGGCUGUCGCCCGCAGCUGCGGCACCGCCGCCGGAGGCCGGGCGGGCGGCGCCCGCAUCCGCGCCACGGGCC